CUGGUCACGUGGCGGAAGUGUGGACUGGCCGAGAAUAUGAAAAACUGAUUGACUAGAAACUUUUGCGGGCUUUAGGAAUGUUUCAGGCUGUUUGUGGGACCAAUAUUUAUCCAAACAGUUCUCAGUCGGAGUACGCACUCCCAUAUCAUUCCGCCGGGGAAGGAGUACGACCAGGAAAUCAGGAUAUAUACCAAAUUGGAGAUGUUGGACCGGCCGGAUGUAUUGCUGCCUCACCUCAAGAUUUGGCGAAAUGGAUUCGAUUCAUGGCCUCUGGAGGAAAAACAGUGGAUGGAUAUCAAUUAAUUCAUCCAGAUGUUUUCAAGGAAAUCAUUGAACCACAAAUGUUAUUAGAUGCUUUUUCCAGAAAUCGAUUCCGUCUUGACGAGGAUUUUCCUGUGCAGGCCUCCGGGACCUGGUACGGUUACGGGUGGUAUGGCGGGUCAUAUAGAGGUUUGUGUGUACACGUCUUUUAUAUUUAUUUGCCAUAG